GAAGCCUCAAUUGACAUGCCAAUUCAAUAUUUUCCUCCUCCCCCUGGUUAUAAUUCCCCCGAACAGGUUCAUAUAACACAAGGAGAUCAUAUAGGAAGAAGUGUGAUUGUUUCAUGGGUAACACCACUAGAAAGCCAAUCAAAUUAUGUCACCUUUUGGGAAGAAGGGGCCAACACCAAGCAUCAUCAUCACAAACACAAAGCUCAUGCUAAAACCACAUCUUAUAAAUACUAUAAUUAUACUUCAGGUUAUAUUCAUCAUGCCACAAUCAAACGACUAAAGUAUAAUGUGACAUACAUAUAUCAACUGGGAGAACAUAAUUCUACUCGAACAUUCUCCUUCACUACUCCGCCAAAAGUUGGACCAGAUGUUCCUUACACAUUUGGCAUUAUUGGGGAUUUGGGGCAAACUUUUGACUCAAAUCAAACGUUGGAGCAUUCUUUGUCGAAUCCAAAAGGCCAAGCUAUGUUGUUUGUUGGUGAUUUAUCAUAUGCAGAUCAUUACCCUUUUCAUGACAACGUGAGAUGGGAUACAUUUGGCCGUUUUAUUGAGAAGAGUGCUGCCUAUCAACCUUGGAUUACUGCUGCUGGCAAUCAUGAACUUGAUUUUGCUCCUGAGAUUGGUGAAAAUACUCCGUUCAAGCCAUACACACAUAGGUAUCAUGUACCCUACAAGGCAUCUCAGAGUACAUCUCCUCUGUGGUAUUCAAUCAAACGUGCAUCGACUUAUAUAAUAGUCCUAUCCUCUUAUUCAGCCUAUGGUAAAUAUACUCCACAAUAUAGUUGGCUUGAACAAGAAUUCGCCAAGGUUAACAGAACUGAAACUCCGUGGCUAAUCGUUCUGCUUCACUCUCCAUGGUAUAACAGCAACAACUAUCAUUACAUGGAAGGUGAAAGCAUGAGAGUGAUGUUCGAGUCCUGGUUUGUUCAGAACAAGGUUGACAUGGUGUUUGCAGGACAUGUUCAUUCUUAUGAACGCUCGGAACGAGUAUCAAAUGUUAUGUACAACAUCACAAAUGGACAGAGUACGCCAAUUGAAGAUCCUUCCGCUCCUAUAUACAUAACAAUUGGGGAUGGUGGAAAUAUUGAAGGCAUUGCUAACAAUUUUACAGAACCACAGCCGAGCUACUCAGCUUAUCGUGAAGCUAGUUUUGGGCACGCGGUUCUUGAAAUUAAGAACAGGACUCACGCCUAUUAUACUUGGCAUCGUAACCAAGACAGUGAACGAGUUGCAGCAGAUUCUUUGUGGAUUUACAAUAGACACUGGUAUCCUAAAAAGGAAUCCAGCUCUAUGGCUUGA